CUCCCCUUUGCAAAUUGCAACUGGCUUCCUCCAGGCAAACGCUGCUAAUGUAUCCCAACUCAUCAUCCGUCGGCCCCUUACUACUCUGAAUCUUUCUUUUUCCUUUUCCAUGCCGGUUCUUUAUAGCCAGCUUUCUUUACUCAUUCUAUAGUUGACUAAAAACUUUGCCUAUAAUAAACCCUGCUCACCAUCCCACAAAAUCACAAGCAAAGUAGCAAACACACUCCUCUCGCAGGAAAGGAACUUAGAGCCAUUUGACACUCGACGUUCUGCAUUUUCUCUUAAGUCUUAUAGUCCCAAUCCCAUUGUUCGGGGUGAUCAGAAUGGAGGGUGCUUACGCCAGCCCGAGGUUCCUUGCAAUGAUUCUCAUGUUUGCCAUGGUUACUGCAUUAGUGCAGGGCCAGGGCACCCGAGUUGGGUUCUAUUCAAGAACAUGCCCUCGAGCUGAAUCCAUUGUUAGGUCAACGGUUCAAAGACAUUUCCAGUCUAAUCCUGCCAUUGCACCUGGCUUGCUGAGGAUGCACUUCCACGACUGCUUUGUCCGGGGCUGUGACGCGUCUAUCCUUAUUAAUGGUUCUAAUACGGAGAAGACAGCCGGUCCAAACCUUUUGCUGAGAGGCUAUGAAGUUAUUGAUGAUGCCAAAACUCAACUUGAAGCUGCAUGCCCUCGUGUCGUUUCAUGUGCUGAUAUUCUAUCUCUUGCUGCUCGUGACUCUGUCGUUCUGACAAGAGGAAUAAACUGGCAGGUGCCUACAGGACGCAGAGAUGGGAGGGUUUCGUUAGCAUCAGAUACCUCCAAUUUGCCUGGCUUUAGGGAGUCCAUUGACUCGCAAAAGCAAAAGUUUGCUGCCUUUGGUCUCAACACUCAAGACCUUGUUGCGCUUGUUGGAGGACACACCAUAGGGACUUCAGCUUGCCAGUUUUUUAGCUACAGACUAUACAACUUCACCAACGGUGGUCCUGACCCCACAAUCAACCCAGCGUUCGUCCCUCAACUGCGAGCACUUUGCCCAAAAAACGGUGAUGGCUCUAGGCGCAUUGAUUUGGACACCGGUAGUGGUAGCAGGUUCGAUACAGCUUACUUCGCCAACUUGAGAAACGGUCGGGGAAUUCUUGAGUCUGAUCAAAAGUUAUGGACCGAUGCCUCGACAAGAACUUUUGUUCAACGCUUCUUGGGUCAGAGAGGCUUGCGACCAUUGAACUUCAACGUGGAAUUUGCUAGGUCCAUGGUGAAGAUGAGUAAUAUUGGUGUGAAGACGGGUACUAAUGGUGAAAUUCGAAGAAUUUGCUCUGCCAUUAACUAAGUAAUUACUUGUGUUAAGAUGAUCAUAAUGACGCUCGAAAAGUUUCAAUGAGCAUAUAGUUCUUUAUUGAUUAGCGUAAGCUGAGAAGCUAAUAAGUCCCACUCUUUUUGACAAAGAGAGAAGGGUGAUGUUAACUAGCAAAUCCAAAAGAAAUUACAGGAUUUGUCUACUCUUUUGUAUUAUGAUAUUUGUAUAAUUGCAUCGUUAUUUUAAUGGAAUAUUUGACUUUUGUUUUCUCA